AUGAGCGAAAAUUCCGCAGUCCCUUGGGGUGACCCCAAACGCUUUCUAAAACGAACUGGUCCCGCUUUUGCUCUGGCAAAUACUCGCCACUACGAUAGUCAUCCAACGGACCCGGAAAACGACACCGACACUGAUCAAUGCAUUCAGCGUCUACUUGACAAUGAUCCCACCCUUAAGGAGAUCAAUAUGAACAACAUGAAGCGAACUCCAAUCCCUCAACUUCGACGGUUACUGGAGGCUUUGGCUUAUAACGAGCAUUGUGAACGGUUAUCGCUGGCCAAUAUGGGUCUUCACGAUAAUGACCUAGCCAUUUUAAUGCCAGUACUCGAAAUCAAUACUGGCUUGAAGAAGCUCAACCUCGAAACAAAUUACCUGAGCGGAGACUUUUUCAUCAAAUUUUUUCAAGCCACUCUUGCUCAACAAACACUGGAGGAAAUCAGGGCGACUAAUCAGGGAACUUCGUUCACGAAUCUCGAAGAAAAAGAAAUCGUUGAUAACAUCGUUGCCAAUACCGGCCUGAUCAAGGUAUGA